AUGGGAGGAGAAAAUUCUGAGGCUUCAAAGCCAGAAACAAACUAUCCUAAGCUUGCUGAGCGACCUGUCGGGCAAUGGGUGCCUGAUAUCUACAAGAAUCGAAUUGAAAGAUUUUAUGAGAACGGCCAGUAUGGCGAGGUUAAUCUUCGAGCUAUGAUGUAUGAGGGAGUAGUCUCAGGAUAUCCUCACGUCAAGAUCUCCGUAUGGGAUGCACCCGGUCUUUCCCGACCAAAUUUUAAAGAAGCUACAAGUCACAAUUUUAGACCUACAAGUGUUGGUGAAUCAUUUGGACCAUCAUGGUCGACGCAUUGGUUUAAACUACAAUUAACUGUCCCAGUAGCUUUCAUAGACAAAGAGCUGCUUGAACUUCAUUGGGAUGCAAAUAAUGAGGGUAUGGUCUGGACUGAGGAUGGAAAGCCGUUACAAGGACUCACCGGGGGUGGCGAGCGAAUCGAAUGGGUACUACCAGAAAGUUUUAGAGAUGGAAAAGAACACACAAUCUAUAUUGAGAUGGCCUGUAACGGUAUGUUUGGGAAUGCUCCAGGCGGUGACAGCAUUCAACCACCAAAUCCCCAGAAAUACUUCCCGCUCUCAAAAGCAGAAAUAGUAGUUGUCAAUGUCGAGGCUCGUCAACUUCACAUUGAUGCCUGGAUAAUUGGAGAUGCUGCGCGAGAAUUUCCCACGGACUCAUGGGAGCAACAUAAAGCUCUUAGGGUCGUCAACGAAAUCAUUGAUACGUUUGAGCUCGGAAACAAUGAAUCAAUUUUAAAGGGACGUAAACUGGCUCAGCAAUACCUUGGCAAGAAUGUAGAUUCAGCACAGGUUUACGAAACUGGGACUAUGCCUAUAGUCUUUGGAAUAGGACAUUGUCACAUUGACACCUGCUGGUUAUGGCCCUGGGCUGAAACAAAACGAAAGGUUGCAAGGUCAUGGUCUAACCAGUGUGACUUAAUGGAUCGAUAUCCCGAACAUAGAUUUGCAGUAUCCCAAGCACAACAAUACAAAUGGCUUAAGCAAGAAUAUCCCUACAUUUUUGAGCGAGUAACUCAAAAAGUUCUAAAGGGCACUUUCCAACCAGUGGGAGGUAGCUGGGUCGAACACGACACGAACAUGCCAAGUGGAGAGUCACUAAUCCGUCAGUUUCUCUACGGUCAACGAUUUUUUGAAAGUCACUUCGGAGAGCGAUGCAAAACCUUCUGGCUACCUGAUACCUUUGGCUAUAGCUCUCAGCUACCCCAAUUAUGUCGACUCGCAGGUAUGACCCGCUUCUUUACCCAAAAACUUAGCUGGAAUAAUAUCAACAAAUUCCCCCACACAACAUUUAAUUGGGUGUCACUCGAUGGAAGUCAGGUUGUAUGCCACAUGACACCUGCAGAGACAUACACUGCUAAUGCUGAAUUUGGAGACGUCAAGCGCUCAAUUUCUCAGCAUAAGUCUAUGGACCAAGAUGAGACAUCUCUACUUGUAUUUGGAAAAGGUGAUGGUGGUGGUGGCCCAACUUGGGAACACCUUGAAAAGUUGCGACGAUGUCGCGGUAUGAGUGAUACAAUCGGAAAACUACCAAGAGUUCACAUGGGUAAAUCUGUUGAUGACUUUUUUGAUCAGUUAGAGAGAAAAAUCGAGAAUGGCCUUGACUUGGUAACGUGGUACGGAGAAUUAUACUUUGAACUUCACCGUGGUACCUACACUACCCAGGCAAAGAAUAAACGUAAUAAUAGAUUUGGUGAGAUCAUGUUACGUUCAAUUGAGUUACUUGCCACUAUUUCUAGUACUCAGGCGGGCUAUAAGUACCCAAAAGAGAAGAUAGAUGAAAUGUGGGAAGCGGUUCUACUCUGCCAAUUCCACGACUGUCUCCCUGGGACUUCAAUCGAGAUGUGCUAUGAUGAUAGUGAUGCUCUCUAUACGAAAGUCUUUGAGACAGGGGAUAAGAUUUUAAAAGAAAUCUAUGGUGUGCUUGGUAUUCAAUCCCUCCAGUCAACUAAAAACAAGUUAGUUGCAUUAAACACAAUGCCAUGGUACCGAAAAGAAAUUGUCUCUAUUGGUGAAGGCCAGAUGGGCAUUGCUCGUGGUGACGGACAGCUGUUAGAAGUCUGUCACUUUGAAUCGGACAUGCCUCAAGUUACAGUAAAAGAGACUAGACCCGGUGUAUUUGUCCUAAAAAAUAGCCAGUUACGGGUAGAGGUUGAGAGAGGGUGUAUUAUUUCCUUAUACGAUAUCCUUGCGGAAAGAGAGGUAAUUCCAAAGGGCGAACAAGCUAAUCAGUUUGUAAUUUUUGACGACAAGCCACUCUACUGGCAAGCAUGGGACGUUGAGGUUUAUCACUUAAAUUCAAGAAAAGCCCUUUUAUCGGGACAAACCAAAAUCAUUCGUCAAAAUGCUCAUCAGGUUUGCGUCAUGACAGAGACAAGAAUUAGUGAUGUAAGCCAGGCUAAAACGUAUCUUACGCUUUCGUCUGCAUUCAAAGGGCAUCAGUCAUACAUCGAGGUUUACAGUGAAAUUGAAUGGCAUGAAAAUAUGAAAUUUCUCAAGGUUGAAUUUCCAGUCGAAAUUAGAAAUACUGAGGCUUCAUAUGAAACUCAAUUUGGAAUUGUGCGCAGACCAACGCAUUACAAUACCAGUUGGGAUAUGGCCAAGUUUGAAGUCUGCUGUCAUAAGUUUGCAGAUUUAUCUGAGCAUGGAUAUGGUGUCUCGAUUUUGAAUGACAGUAAGUACGGUUUCGCGACCUGUGGAAACCAGAUGCGCCUCUCACUUUUACGGGCUCCUAAAGCACCAGAUGCUCAUGCUCAUAUGGGCUGUCACCAUAUUCGCUGGGCAAUUCUGCCUCAUGAAGGCAGCCUAGGAUCUACCACCAUUCGUUCAGCUUUCAAUUUUAACAACCCGCUUAAAAUUUUCGAGGCACAAAAACAGCUACCAAAAGUUGCAUACACAAGCCCUAUCAGACUAACUGGUAACGCGUCUUUAAUUCUCGAUACUAUUAAAAGAGGUGAAGAUGACGAAGACAUAAGUUGUAAUCAAUUCUUACGACGGAAGGGUAAAAGUAUAAUACUCCGUAUUUACGAUAGUUUGGGGGGGAGGAGUAGAGGUACUAUUGAAACCACGUUUGAGGUGAAGAAAGUGUGGAAAACAAAUGUUUUAGAAGAUGAUGAGGAGCAACUCUCCAUAAUAGAUAGAAAGAUCGAGAUCAGUCUCAGACCGUUCGAAGUUGCCACUUACAGGUUGCAGCUCUAA